AUGAGAGAUGAGAACUCGAAGAAGAGCAAGCUUUCUUGGCCCAAAACAUUGGUCAAGAAGUGGUUCAAUAUCAAGAGCAAAGCUGAGGAUUUUCAGGCAGAUGAUGUUCUCUCCCAUGGUCUUGAUGAAGAGUGUAGUAGCAACUACUCAGAGAGGGAGGCAUGCACCAUGAGGAAAAGCAAAUCAGAGAGAUCAAGCAGAUGGUACUCAGACAGAGUGAGAAGAGGUAAGAAUGACCUUGAUGAAGCUCAGGUUACUGAUGUGUAUAACUAUAGAAUCUUUGUUGCCACUUGGAAUGUAGCAGGGAAGUCACCUCCAAGUUAUUUGAGUCUUGAAGAUUGGCUUCACACCUCUCCACCUGCUGAUAUAUAUGUUCUUGGGUUUCAAGAAAUUGUACCUCUUAAUGCUGGUAAUGUUUUGGGAACAGAAGACAAUGGUCCUGCAAGAAAAUGGCUAGCCCUUAUUAGGAGGACCUUGAACAAUCUUCCUGGAACAAGUGGAGGAUGCCACACUCCUUCACCCCUCCCUGAUCCUAUUGUAGAGCUAGAUGCUGAUUUUGAGGGAUCAAUGAGGCAGAAGGCUGCCUCUUUCUUUCAACGAAGAUCAUUCCAAUCCUUGAGUCGUAGUUUGAGAAUGGAAAAUGAUAUGUUAAUGCAACAAGCUUGCCUUGAUCGUCGAUUCAGUGUCUGUGAUAGGGUGAUAUUUGGUCACAGAGCGAGUGACUAUGAUCCCAAUUAUCGAUGGGGUUCCUCAGAUGAAGAAAAUGGCACUGGUGACUCCCCAAUUACAACACAAUAUUCACCUAUGUCAUAUGGCGGUUGUUUCUCUACAGAGGAUAGUGAUAGACAGACAGGCCACUCAAGAUACUGCUUGGUUGCCAGUAAGCAAAUGGUUGGGGUAUUUCUAACUGUUUGGGUGAAAAGUGAUAUAAGAGAUGAUGUUCACAACAUGAAAGUGUCUUGUGUUGGCCGAGGGUUAAUGGGAUAUCUUGGAAACAAGGGAUCAAUAUCAAUUAGUAUGUCAUUGCACCAAACAAGCUUUUGCUUCAUUUGUAGUCAUUUGACUUCUGGACAAAAGGAUGGUGAUGAGUUAAGGAGAAAUUCAGAUGUAAUGGAGAUUCUCAGAAAGACAAGGUUUCCCCCAGUCCAUGACAUGGGUGAUGAAACUUCUCCUCAGACAAUUCUGGAACAUGAUCGAAUAAUUUGGCUGGGGGAUUUAAAUUAUCGGAUAGCCCUUUCUUACCGUGCAGCAAAAGCUCUUGUUGAGAUGCAUGAUUGGAAGACUUUGUUAGAGAAUGACCAGCUGUGUAUAGAACAAAGGCAAGGUCGAGUAUUUGAAGGAUGGAAUGAAGGGAAAAUAUAUUUCCCUCCAACAUAUAAGUAUUCAAACAAUUCAGACAGAUAUGCAGGUGAUGACAGGCGCUCAAAACAAAAGAGAAGAACUCCAGCAUGGUGUGAUCGUAUCUUGUGGUAUGGAAGGGGCCUUCACCAAUUAUCAUAUGUUCGUGGGGAGUCAAGAUUUUCUGAUCAUAGGCCAGUUUAUAGCAUAUUCUUGGCAGAGGUUGAGUCUAUUAGCUGCAACCAAAUAAAGAAAAGCUCCAGUUCCAGGAUUGAAGUAGAAGAGUUGUUCCCACAUUCACAUGGUUACGGCUACUCUGAUUUGAAUUACUUUUGA